AUGGAUUCGAGUCUCGGAGGUCACAACUCCAAGAGUUGUGUAUGGCUGGCUGACGACAGCUAUUCUAUUCCGAAUUUUGUGAACAGCAUACUUGCGCCAUUUGACGGUGAUAUGGACGGCCUGUUGACAAAACGGGAGGCCGUAAAAGGUGCUGCAAAGCUGGAUGUAGGAACGGCCGAGAUAAAGGAUGCCCUGAAGAGCCUUGGCAUAGUGGACAAAAAGAAGAUCCCCAUUGCAUCCCUUAGCGAGGAGGUGAAGCGGAUUUGUAUUCGCAAAUUCAAACAAGAAGCCUUCAAGAAGUUUUUCCACCACUUGGACACCGACAAAUCAGGCACCCUGAGUAUGACGGAAGUGCUGCAGGCAAUCGAAGAAUUCGGGAUAACAGCACCAAAGAAGUAUGCACAAGAGAUGUUUGAUCAGGUGGACACCAACGGGGAUGGGGAGAUCGAUAUCAAGGAGUUUCUCAUCUUCGUCAAUUCCGUACGAGAGGUGGAAUAG